AUGCCGCUUCCAUCGCUCCGCUUACUCAUGGGUUUUACCCCACGCGACUUAUUUCCGUACGAUACUUGCCUCGAGCGUGCACAAUGUACCGAAAUUCUGGUCGAGCAGAAGAUCCUCAUUGUGUAUCCUUUCCGACGCGUAACCGAUGGUCCCAUAUACUACAAUGUCGAAGGCCACAUAUACCCAUUCGAUGGCAGAACAACCUUCCCAAACAUCCUGAAGAAGUUAUGCUCCCCGGACAAAUUUUCUUACGAGAUGAUGCACUACCUCCAGAAAUAUCUGUACAAGCGUCGGCCGUGGUUUAACGACCCGUGGAUCAUCAAAGGCGGAAGACCGAUGGAUAGGGAGAAGGGGGCAGGAUCCUUGCACCAGGUUUCAUCUCAGCGAUGUCGAUACAUGAUCCUGCUUGAACGUCGCAAACCGUGUGAGUGCCACAAAUUAUGGAAACCAAAACACAACUUGAAGGUUGUCCCGACCAGAAAGUAUCAAGAGGAUGUGCGUAAAGGGAGGCAACAAGAGCAGGAGACAAUCGAGGCAGAGAAGGCGGCACUAUCCUCGACACCACCAAGAGCUACCGCAGCUAUGCCUUCCCACAUCCCUGUGCCGGCAUACUCCCCAGCAAGUGAUUCUGAGGGCUGGUAUGGUGACUAUGAAGACAGUGGGUAUGAAGAUAGCCGUGACAAGGAGGACAGUCAUCUCAUUUCAGGCUCAACAUUGUCUUUGAACGGCCUUAAGGCACAUUUAGGGUAG